UAGCAAUAUAAAUGCAAUUCGUUGCGUUGACUAGCUAGCGUAGCGUGUGUGAUUAGCCAAAAAAUCGAAACCUUAGAUGUUAUGUUCUAGUGAACUUGUUUCUUAUGACCAUUAACAUUACUGUUUUCUCUGCCUUUGUCUUCUAGGAUUAGGCUAGAGAGUGUGAUUGGCAUUCUCCAUUUCCAUGAACAAUGUCGGGGACACUUGCACUUGUGAAACCAUAUGUGUUUCUUCUGACUUUUGACGCUUUGCUGUGGCUAUUAAUUUGGCUUUCCGUCGUGAGUUUAGGUGUCACAAACAGCGUCGGUGUUACAUGGCUAUGGUGUUACAGGCUGGUAUGUUGGGCUAUACUUCACCAUUUGGCGCUGUUGAUCAAUAUCGAGAAGGGACAGCAGAUGGUGCUGGUGCGAUGGGUUGCAGCACUGUGUCUCCUCCUUCCCACUUACGAGACUGUAAAAACUUUGAUUCCGUUCACCCUACAAAACAACUGCCCAGUUCCCGAUGUCGGGAUGGUGGCCCUGUGUGCAGCGGCCGCAAGCAUGGCAUGUCUGUUGUGGGAGUGGGUGUUCCAUGACAAGGCGAAGGGUGAUAGCGGAAAGCAAAUUAAGCAACAAGAGGCCCGGGCACUGCUCAUGAGGGUGGUACGUUAUUCAUAUCCAGACUACCUUUACCUGGGAGCUGCCUUCUUUUUCCUCACCUUGACAGCUCUGGGGGAGACUUACAUUCCAAUAUAUAUUGGGAAAGUGAUCGAUAUUCUAAGUGGUACCUAUGAUCAUGACAGCUUCCUCUCGGCGAUUGGCCUAUUGGGUCUGUUCUCUUUGGGCAGUUCUCUAUUUGGAGGCCUACGUGGAGGUAUGUUCAUGUGUAGCCUCUGUCGAAUGAACAAGAGAAUACGACACAUGCUCUUUCAGAACCUGAUACGGCAAGAGAUUACCUUCUUUGAAGAAAACAAGCCAGGUAGCCUUUCAUCACGGCUCAUCUUGGACACCGAUAAGAUGGGCCGCUCGGUGGCCAUGAACGUGAACGUGCUCCUGCGCAGCCUGGUGAAGACCACAGGCAUGCUGUGGCUCAUGCUGGGCCUCUCCUGGGAGCUCACGCUGCUGGCCUGCGUCGAGAUGCCCCUGGCGGUCCUGCUGCAGAACUCCUACAACAUGCUCUCACAGGAUCUAUCCCAGCAGCUGCAGGACUGCCAGGCGGAGACGCAGGAGCUGGCCGGCGAGGUCAUCGGGGCGGUGCGCACAGUGCGCAGCCUCCACGCCGAGCAGCAGGAGCUGCGCCGCUACCAGGAGGCCCUCGACAAGAUGUUCAACAUCAAGAAGCGCAAGGGCAUCUACAGCGCCGUGCAUCUGCUGCUCAGGAGGACGGUGACAGUUGGAAUAAAGGUCCUGAUGCUGCUCGUGGGGCGAGCCCUCAUCGCCUCCCAGCAGCUCAGCAUGGGGAGCCUGCUCUCCUUCGUCCUCUAUCAAAAAGACAUGGCCACCAAUAUGAAGCACCUGGUAUAUAUCUAUGGAGACAUGCUGAACACGGUGACGUCAUCUGUCAAAGUCUUCCAGCUCCUCGACAGGAAACCGAGGAUGAAGGAGGAGGGUUCGUUGGCACCCAAACAACUGGAGGGCAAGCUAGCUUUCCACAAGGUCACUUUCUCGUACCACUCUCGCCAGGAUGUCCAGGCACUGAGGAAUGUGACGCUGGAGAUAGCUGCAGAGCGCAUGACUGCGCUGGUGGGGCUCUCUGGUGGUGGGAAGAGCUCGUGCGUGAGCCUGCUGCAGCGCCUCUAUGAGCCGCAGGGAGGGGAGGUGCUGCUGGACGGGGAGCCGCUCCACCACUACGAGCACCGGUACCUGCGCAGCAAGAUGGCUGUGGUAUCCCAGAAUCCUGUGCUGUUCUCAGGCUCGGUCAGAUACAACAUUGGCUACGGCCUGAAGGGCUGCAGCGAGGAACAGGUGAAGGAGGCAGCAAAGAGAGCCAACGCUCACGACUUCAUCUGCCUACUACAGGAUGGCUAUGACACAGAUGUGGGGGAGUGUGGAGAUCAGCUGUCUGCUGGCCAAAAGCAGUGCAUUGCCAUUGCCCGCGCUCUGGUGCGGAGACCUCAGAUCCUCAUCUUGGAUGAAGCCACCAGCUCCAUGGACGUCAAUACACAGGAGGCUGUCCAAGCGGUUCUGAACGGGGCCGAGGGCCAGACAGUGCUGGUGAUUGCCCAUCGGCUGCAGACAGUAGAACGAGCGGACCACAUCAUCGUCAUGGACAACGGGGAGGUGGUGGAGCAGGGCACGCACCAGCAGCUCAUGGAAAUGGAGGGCCAGUACUACCGGCUCCGAGAGAAACUCUUCCCGGAGGACUGAGAGGGCUGGGAGUUGAAACCCAACGGCAGCUGGAUCAGUACACACCUGGUCUUGCCAGGCCAGACAUGGUCUUGUCGCUUCAGGACAGAUACACAUUUCAGGACAACUGUUGGUGGGUGAUGGCAGAUGGCUCUGCUGCUGACAAGGCGAUGCCCACAGGCAACCUAUCACUUCACAGAGGCACCAGUGCAUAUUGGGCAAACAGAGGCUCUGAGUCACUGAAUCUGCUUUAUGCAUUGUCCUCUCAAGGCAUUAGAUUUGUUUAGACAUUUUACACUCCAUCAAGCUUCUCACAUUAAUGGUUUCCACUCACAUCUGAGCCAGAUUACCCCAUGGCUGUCUGCAUACAGAACAUGGAUUACAAUACACAACACAUUUCCGAUCACAUUUAUCCCUGAGAGACAAGUAAAACCUCCAGAGCUACUCCUUCAUGAUAAGUCUCUUUCUCAUCAAAAUGCCAUUUUAUGCUGUGAGGUAGGAGGAGCUGCUGUGAAAGCAUUUUUGAGAACAGAAUACAAAACCUUUGAGAUUUCUUUUGGAUUUUUUUUUUCUUCAAACAUUUGUGUGUGUUUCCAUCCCACUACUACCAUUGUACUCAAAGAUAUAGAAUUUAUAUAGCAUACAUACACCCCUUUCUUCCCCCUCAAUCUACAUGGUAUUACAAAUGUGAUGUCAUAGACUGCAUUCACUUAAUCUUAAUUUGAACAAAAUGAUUGAUUGAUUUUUAUUUAUGUAGAUUCUACCCAAACUUUCAUGGAUAAAGCCAGCUUAAACCAG